AUGCAAGCCUCGCGCUCACUCUUCCAAUCUGCAUUCAAAGACCCCACACAGAAGACAGCCCGCGGUGUAUCCAAAUCCCGUCCAUUCUUGAACGUCUGGGCUCCUAGUCCUUCAGUACAACAAUAUCAAUUCCACACCGCAGCAAAACUAAGAAACAUGGCAUCAGCAACUUCCUUUUACGAUUUCAAGCCUAUUGACAAGAGGGGUCAACCUGUACCACUUGCAGACCACAAGGGAAAGGUCGUUCUGGUUGUCAACGUUGCGUCCAAAUGUGGCUUCACUCCGCAAUACGAGGGGCUUGAGAAGAUCUACAAAGAUAUAAAGGCGAAGCACGGUGAUGAUUUUACCAUCCUCGGUUUCCCAUGCAACCAGUUCGGUGGGCAAGAGCCAGGAAGCGAUGAAGAGGUCCAGUCUUUCUGCCAGCUCAACUAUGGUGUCACUUUCCCAAUCAUGGGCAAGAGCGACGUAAAUGGAGAUAAUGCCAAUCCUCUGUACGAGUGGCUGAAGAAGGAACAACCUGGAUUGUUGGGCAUGAAGAGGAUCAAGUGGAAUUUUGAGAAGUUCUUGAUCGGUCGUGAUGGAAAGGUUGCUGGACGAUGGGCGAGCACGACAAAGCCGGAGGCCUUGGAGAAGCCUAUCUUGGAGGAGUUGGCCAAACCUGCGCCUGCCUAA